UAGUUGCAUUAAGAAACAAACGUGUGUUGAUCGUCCAGUACCCGCCCGGAUAGAUCAAACGGUCUUAUGUCGAUUGCAACCAAAGUUGUAAUACAAAUGAAUGCCAAACUAAUGGGUGCUCCAUGGAUGAUAAAACUUCCUAUAAAUGAAUUGAUGACCGUUGGAUUUGAUGUAUGCCACUCGUCUAAGAACAAAAACAAGUCAUAUGGCGCUUUUGUAGCUACUAUAGAUAUGAAGUCCUCCACACGUUAUUUCUCUUCAGUUACUGAGCAUAUGAAGGGUCAGGAAGUGUCUAAUCAAAUAUUAAUGAAUAUGACAUGUGCACUAAAGGCAUAUCGUGAGCAUCAUGGGAGUUUGUCCAAUCGCAUUCUCUUUUUCGGCGACGGUGUAGGGGAUAGUCAGCUAAAUCAAGUAUUCAAUAUUGAGGAGAAAUUCCUCAAAACUCGACUGAACGAGAUCUAUAAAUCGGCGGGAAGAGAAAGGUUGCAAUUUGGCAUUUAUUGCAGUCUUCCUGAUAGUUCUCCAGUUACACUACUCCGCAAGAAAUCGGUGCAGUUGGUUCCCACAGGAUACUUAAUCGCUUACUCGGAACUCGGCGGUGACUAA